GUCUCAGGCGGAGGGGCGUGGCUAGAAGCAUUAGGCUACGGGGGUGGCGCCGCGCGCUUUCAGUCACAUCGGAGAGCUGGCUGAGCGAGCGCUGGUUGAGAAGCUGCCUGCCCGCCCCAUCCCUUCCCUCCGCGCUCGGAGCCGCCCAGCACACGGUAACCAUGUGUGAUCGAAAGGCUGUGAUCAAGAAUGCGGAUAUGUCUGAAGAGAUGCAGCAAGAUUCAGUGGAGUGUGCCACUCAGGCCCUGGAGAAAUACAACAUUGAGAAGGAUAUUGCAGCUCAUAUAAAGAAGGAGUUUGACAAGAAGUACAACCCCACUUGGCACUGCAUUGUGGGAAGGAACUUUGGCAGCUAUGUGACUCAUGAGACUAAGCACUUCAUCUAUUUCUACCUUGGCCAAGUUGCUAUUCUCCUCUUCAAAUCUGGUUAGAGCACAGACUGUGCUAUCCAAACUUGCAUCCGGUUCCAGGACUGCACACUAACUCCAAAUAGAGACUGAAAUCUUAAGCCUUCCCUGGGGAACACACUUUGCUCUUCAAGCCUUUUGUUGUGGUGGUAAUGGACAGGGACUCCUCUGUACCAGUUUGUUUUCAUUGUUGCUAUAAAAAAUAGCAAAAAAGUUUGUCUUGUAUUUAUUUUCUUUCCAAAAACCUGCUUCCCUUUUUAAUAAAACUGUUGGAUAUA